AUGGUCUUUGGAUUCGGGCGCAAGAAGCCCGUCGAGGGCGAGGAACCAGUUCCUACCGAUGCCGACGCCGUCGCCCCCCGGAUCGAUCAGAAGCCCUUUUGGGAAGCGAUCUGGCCCGUCCUGGCUUGCGGUGCCGGUCUCUUUUCCGACGGCUACAUCAACAAUGUUAUUAGCUCUGUUGGCACGGUGCUGACCCGCCAGUAUGGUGACCUGUACUCCAACUCGGCGGCGCAGAAUGUUGCAGCUAUUGCAUUUGCUGGUACUGUCGUCGGCCAGCUGUUUUUCGGAUUUCUAGCAGAUCGGUGGUCGCGGACCGGAUCCCUCAUUACUUCCACCAUUAUCCUCAUCAUCUUUACGGCUCUGGCUGCCGGGUCCUACUGGCAUGGCGAGCCUCUUGGCAUGUUCUCCAUGCUGACUGCUUGGAGAUUCUUUGUUGGUAUUGGUAUUGGAGGUGAAUACCCGGCAGGAAGUGUUAGUUGUGCCGAAUCCAGCGGCGAGCUCAAGUCUGGUUCGCGUAACCGUUGGUUUAUCCUCUUUACCAAUACCAUGAUUGACUGGGGUUUUGUGAUUGGCGCCUUUGUUCCAUAUGUCGUGGCUGCCGCCGCCCACAACACUCACUACGGAACCAUCUGGCGUACCAGUCUGGGUAUCGGUGUCGUUUUCCCGCUCAUUCUGUUUAUCCUGCGUCUGAAGCUCAAGGAGCCCGAGGAGUUUAGCCGCAACUCGAUGAGAAACGUCCGCACGCCAUACUCUCUCGUGUUCAAAUACUACGGCUUUAGACUGUUUAUUGUGUCGCUGGUCUGGUUCAUCUACGACUUCUCCGUGUACGCAUUUGGAAUCUACUCGACCCCAAUGUUGGACAACAUUUACGGCGGCGACGGCCCCCUCACGACAGUCUUUGGCUGGAACACUGUAAUCAACCUAUUCUACAUUCCCGGAACCAUGAUUGGAGCACCCAUCAGCGAUCGUCUCGGCCCGCGCUACACCCUCGCUCUCGGCGUUGGGCUGCAGGCCAUUGUCGGCUUCAUCAUGGCCGGCUGUUAUUCCAAGCUGGCGCUGCCGCAAUACGUUGGUGCUUUCGCCGUCGUCUACGGCAUCUUCCUCUCGCUCGGCGAGCUGGGCCCCGGCAACAACAUUGGUCUUCUCGCCGCCAAGACCUGUGCCACGGGCGUCCGCGGUCAAUACUAUGGUGUGGCGGCUGCCGUGGGCAAGAUUGGCGCCUUUGUCGGCACCUAUGUCUUUCCCUACAUUAUUGCGGCCGGUGGCGGCGAUGAUAACAAGCAGUACCAGUACCCCUUUUACGUCUCGGCCUGUCUGUGCAUUCUCUCGGCCUGCCUGGUGCUCUUCUUCCUGCCACACAUUGACCAGGACACCAUUACCAAGGAAGAUGCCGAAUUCCGCGCCUACCUCGAGAGCCAGGGCUGGGACACUAGUCAGCUGGGUCUCAAGAACCCCAAUGCGCUCGACAGCGAGCAUGGUGAACCCGUUGCCGUGAGCAAGGAUGAAGGUGUGCCCGAGGUCAAGGCCUAG